AAUCAGCGUCGGUCAGUUCUCGAGUUCUUUUAGAGAGGAGAGGUGCAUUUUUCCAGAAAAGAAGUCAUGAAACGCCUCAUCCACGGCUGUCUUCUCCUCCUUCUGCUUCAGCAGACCACUGCCAAGGUCUUCCUUCAGAGUCAAGAUGCUAAUCAAGUGCUGAGCCGGACGCGUCGGGCCAACAGCCCAUUUGAGGAGUUCCGUCAGGGGAACAUGGAGCGGGAGUGCAUCGAGGAGAGGUGCAGCCAGGAGGAGGCCAGGGAGAUAUUUGAGAACGACGAGCGGACAAAUGAGUUCUGGAAUGUCUACUAUGACGGAGAUUCCUGUGAGUCCCAGCCCUGCCUCAACCAGGGUCUUUGCAAGGAUGGAAUCGGGGCGUACAAGUGCUUCUGCCACCCUGGAUUCCAGGGCUUAAACUGCGAGAUAGAGAUCCCACUGCUGUGCAUGAACGACAACGGACACUGCCACCACUUCUGCCACGUACAGAUGGACAGGGUCCAGUGCUCCUGCGCAGACGGGUACUUCCUGGGAGAAGAUGGAAGGACCUGCCUUUCCCAUGAGCCUUUUAAAUGUGGACGUCGGAAAUCUGUGAACACCAGGAGUAACCUUCCCAGACAACGUUUUAACGCCACAGUGCACAGCCAUGUUACCACGGAGAUACAUACUAUAGAAACAUAUAACAACGCACAUAAUAUAACCAACAGUACCCAAAGCCUGAAUGAAACGAAGACAGAAACAUUUGAGGACUACAAUGAGGAGGCGGCUACAGGCUCGCGUAUUGUGAAUGGGGAAGACUGUCCUGCAGGAGACUGCCCUUGGCAGGCUCUGUUGGUGAAUGAGGAGGAUAUUGGAUUCUGUGGUGGGACUGUCCUGAAUGACUACUUCAUCUUAUCUGCAGCACAUUGUAUGAACCAGUCACGGACAUUCUACAUCGUUCUGGGAGAUUUUGACAGGGAGGUGAAGGAACCACACGAGGCCGUGUAUGAGGUGGACCAGGUGCUCACGCACAGGCGCUACAUCCCGGAGACGUACCACAACGACAUCGCCCUCAUCAAGCUGCAGAAGCCCAUAAAGUUCUCUCCGUACAUCCUGCCAGCCUGCCUCCCAGACAACGAGUUCGCGGAGCAGGUGCUGAUGAAGCAGCCAGAUGGCAUGGUCAGCGGGUUUGGGAGGGUGCGUGAGGGCGGCCGCCAGGCCACCGUCCUGCAGCGGCUGACCGUGCCCUACGUGGACCGCGGCAUCUGCAUCGAGUCCAGCCAGUUCAAGAUCACCAGCCGCAUGUUUUGUGCCGGCUAUGACAAAGAGGAGAAGGACGCCUGUCAAGGGGACAGCGGCGGUCCCCACGUCACCCUGUUCAGGGACACGUGGUACGUCACGGGCGUGGUGAGCUGGGGGGAGGGGUGUGCGCGGGAAGGAAAGUACGGCGUCUACACGCAGGUAUCCAAGUACAUUGGCUGGAUCCGGAUCGUUAUGGAGAGAUUCAAUCCAAAGGGGAGUGGACACAGUUCCAAGGGAAAAGAUGAGGACUGGUGAACACUAAUAGUUGUGAGAGACACACAAAAAUAAAGAGUUUGGAAUGAUGGUUGAUGAAGUGUUUUUCACAUUUCACAAUGAUAUCCAUGAUCAUUUGUUCACUUCACGCAAGUAGCUUGUCAUGCUUGUGCAUUUUUGUAAUGACUGUUUUUAUAAUCGUACUGAGUAAUUACCUCACCCAAAGCCACAGAGCUACAAUACUGGCUAUUUAGUAACAAGAUACCAUCAAGGUUCCAUUAAAACUUUUAUUCAUCCUUAA